AUGGUUUCCGUGAGACCGCGACUAUUUCUAAGGGGUCUCAAGCACAGAAUCCCGGAAGAGCAUAGUACAACAGACCUUUUCAACUAUACCACGGGGCGAUGGCUUUGGAGAGAGAAGGAGCAGCUACUUGAACGAUACCGGAGAUUCAAUGUACGAGAGCUACAGGCCAUAACUGCACAUACACUGGGCUCUCAAGCAUGUGUUUCAAUGUCCAAAAUUGGAGAAGGCAAUUUCAACAAAGUCUUCCGACUUGUAAUGGAUGACGGAGCAGUGGCAAUAGCUCGAAUCCCCCAUCCAAAUGCUGGUCCGCCUCGGUAUACGACUAUGUCGGAGGUUGCUACUAUGGAAUUUGCAAGAUCAAUGCUUAAAAUACCAGUUCCUAAAGUGUUAGCAUGGUCUUCAUCUUCUGAUAACUCUAUAGGUGCAGAGUAUAUCAUUAUGGAAGAGGCUAAAGGCACCCAGCUCUCUCAAACAUGGGAUGAAAUGAAAUUACAUGAUAGGAGUGAAAUAAUCAAUGAUAUUGUUUCCAUAGAGCAGAAACUUCUCUCCGUGACCUUUGGCUUGUAUGGGUCACUAUAUUUUUCCAAAGACGCUUUCCCUGGCUGUCAGCCGGCAGAUAUCAGUGGUGACGUCGCACAAGGGAUUGAGGAUGAGGUUAGAAAGCAAUUCGUCAUCGGCCCUACGACUCGCCGGGAGUUUUGGGAAAAGGAGCGAGCACUGAUGGAUCUGGACCGAGGACCUUGGAAAUCUGCUAGUGGAUAUGUGGAGUCCAUAGCCCAUCGCGAGACCGCUUGGAUUUCCCAGUAUGCACGGAGGGAUUCCAUCAUAUCUGGCUACCCCAGGGGCAAAGGAAGUCAAAAAUCACCCCAGGACCACCUCGGCUUAUUGGAGAAAUACCUAUCUGUUGUUUCGAGGCUCCUUCCCGAUGAUACCGAGCUUGUUCGCCCAGCACUCUGGCAUCCUGACAUCCACGAUGGCAAUAUAUUUGUCCAGGAUGGGAGGAUUUCCAGCAUUAUUGACUGGCAGUCUGUCUGGAUUGCACCUUUGCUUCUCCAGGCCAGAACCCCUCGACUGAUCGAUUACCAUGGAGAGAUCCAGUUGAGACUUCCCGAAGACUUUAAAACGCUGCCCGAAGAAGAGAGGGAUCGCGUCAGAGACCAGGUCCAACGGUCUAUCCAGGUAUACCUUUAUGAGGACCGGACGGCAAGAGUCAACCCUCUUCUUGACAGGGCAAUUAGGAAACCCCAUGGGAAAACAUUGGCUCAGCUCGUGAGCUUUGCUGGAAACUCAUGGGAUGACCACAUCGUACCCCUGAGGGACACUCUGAUUGACGUUGAAAGGUAUAUAGCAAAUUGGUCAUGA